AUGAAGACAUUCCAAUUUCUUCUACUCGUCCUAGGGUGUCUGCCUUGUGCAAUUAUUCUACUUGCACUUAUACGCGAACGAACUCUCUGCACUACCGGAGAAUCGCCUUCGCCGAUGUGUUCGACUUUGUACAAAGACGGCGGUGUGCCGGAGGUCUUUCAUUCAGUGGAAUGCCGCCGCCGUACGCUAUCGAGUUAUAUUUCCGGAGUAGAAUCACCGUUGCCGACGGCGAGGUGUGAGUUUGCCAUGCUGGAGGGACGAUGCAAGUCUCCGGACGACCGCAAUUUCUGCGUUACCAUUCCUUUUCCCGUAGGUCCUACUGGGAUUAUGGAGAUUACAAUUGAUAUUGCUGUGGGUUCUACGGUGACGGUUGUACUUGUUGCAGAUGGCCAAAUUUUGGUUGCCUAUGUAGGAGACUCGGAGGCAAUUUUGUGUUCUGAAACAUUUCAGUCUCCUUCUGAGGCUAAAGCUACUUUUUUCAGGUUAUAUAGGCAGAAAAGAAACGAGGAUGCAAUUUCAUCCACAAGAGAUUAUGGCAGCCUUAAAAUGGAAGUUUCUAAUAGGUUUGCAUAUUAUAUUUGUAAGGAACUGACAAGACAUCACCAUCCAGAUAAGGAGAAUGAAGGAAAUCGAGUGGAAUCGGCCGGAGGUCCUGUUUUUGAGUGGGGCGGCGCUAAUGGUCAGUUUUCUAUUUCAAGGUCAAUUGGUGAUGGUCUCUUUAAAAAGCGCUUCAUUGACUUCGGUAGUGCAGUGGAUGAAUUUACAGUGAAGCAUUUGUCUGGCUCUGUUGGACCUUCUAGUGGUGAACAAACUUAUGACUAUGCUGCUCCAGAAGCUCAUCUCAAUGCUAGUUGGUAUCAGGGGCCAGUAAGCAAGUUCGAUAUGUGGAGUGUAGGUGUAAUUAUCUUGGAGUUGAUUCUAGGAUCACCACAUGUUUUCCAGGUGGAUGCUAGGACAUAUGCUAUUUUGGGUCAGUGCAUUGAGGAUCAUAAUGAAGACAGAAAGAAGCUGAUUUAUAAGUGA